AGAAAAGCGUCGAAGCGGUAAAGCGAAGUGCUGUCUGCAUAUAUAUAUAUAUUUCUAUAUUUGUUUUUGCUGCUAUUAUUGCCUGUAGCCUUCGAGUGCUUCCCGUGACUGCAGACGGCUGCACGCGCUUCGUACGCCGUACGCGUCGUUUCGGUUGUUCACCAACGAGUGCACCGAGCCUCACCGUUUUCUGCCUUUCCUUUUUCUUUUCGUUUCGUGUUCUCGGGUGCUGCAGUAAUGCCGCAGGGGCAGGCGGAAAUAGCGAGGCGGCCGCGUGGUGACCUUCCACCCUCACCCAGCGGGCACACGACGGCGACCACCACGACCACCACCCGGUCGAACUCGCCUGCCGGCACCGGGGCAGCGUCCUCGUCAGGCGCGGAGGACCGCGAGGAGCACGACGCCCCGUUUGUCCAGCAGUCCCGUCGCUACACGGAUGAGAAUAUCCGCGCAAUGCUGCACCAGCUGCCGAGCUCUCCAAAGCAGCUGCUGCGUCGCCUCGAGCAGCAGCAGCAGGAAAUUCGACUUCUACAGAACGAAAACACCGCCUUAAAGUCACGCGAGGUGGAGGUGUCGUCGCUGACGGUGUACCUGCAGGACCGCAUCAACGCGACACAGAACCAGGUUGACCACAUAAAGACGCAGAUUCUUCUUCAGCUGUCCAACCCGAUUGCGGAGGCAGAAUACAACCGAAUAGAGGCGCUGCCGGAGCCGCAGCGCGACCUCGUCGACACCAUCAAACUCGGCAUCUAUCGGCAGCUGAAUUCCCUUCGUACAUCGCAGCAGGCGGCCACGCAACGCGCAGCGGAGCUGAGUACCGCCGUCGCACAGCUACAGCAAGAGAAUGCCGACUUGAAGGUGCGCCUCGCCGAGUACGAGGCGCAGGGGGACAGUCAGAAGGAAAAAACCGAAAAGCGAAAUCAGCAGUUAGCGAGUCAGCAGGCACGCGUGGCGGAGUUGGAGGGCCUCCUGAGCUCGUUAGAGGCGAAGAACAAAUCCAUGUACGUGGACCAGGAGCAGUACCUCUCGGCCAAGCUGACAGCGCAGGUGAAGACGGAUGAAGUCGCGCGACUUGCGGUGCGGCUGGAGGAGGCAGAGAUGGACACGCAACGUUACCGCGCAAACGCGGAGUGCUCCGAGCAAAAGCUCGACAUCCUCAAAGCGGAGUACUACGAGCUGAAACUGGACUACGGGCAGCGUGUGCUGAAGCUGGAGAGCGCGCUGCGUGCGUCCGAGGAGAAGCUGAAGACGCUCGGCGACCUCGAGAUGGAGUCGGAGCUCUUUAUUUCGAACUUAGCGGCUUCCGCGAACGGUGAGCUGGCCUUCGGGGGCUCGGUGGCCGAUGUCGCCGGCGCAGAUGGUGGCAGCCUCGGCACGCGGGCCUCUGCGUACGAGAGCUGGCUUGCCCUGCCCCGCUCUCGCAAGCUCGCCCACUCUCUCGUCGUCACAAAACGCUGUCUUUACUUGGAAAAUAAGGUUUCAUCAUUAGAGCACGAGCUGGAGUUCAAACAGGCUCAGGUGGCUCGACUGCAAGUUGCGCUCGACGGCGCGCGCGACGCGCUGAACAACGUCAACAGUCCGUAUGUGCUGGUAGAAAAGGCGAUGGACGAGCUGACGACGACGAAUGAGGCGCUGAAGCAAAAGCUAGGCGUGCUGGAGCAUGAGAAGAAGGAACUGCAGGCGAAGGUGCAGCACUACGGCGCCAACAUGCGUGCGAUGACGCAGCACCGUAAGGAGCUCCUCCAUAUUAAGAAGCUGCUGCGGCAACUCGGCAUGCGAGAGGGGUUUGUCUUUCCCUCCACCGACGACUCCGACGACGUUGACGAUGAUGACGAUGCAGCCGCGGUGAGACCGCACGAUGCAACGAGACCUUCGCAUGGCAGGGAAGGUCGCGUUACGGUCAUCCCGCCCAGCGGUGGGGUGAGGUCUCCCAUGUCGCAGGCGGACCGCAGCGGCAGAGGCGGCUCUCUUUCCACACCUGCGGGUUCUUCAGAGACCAAGGCCAAUCCUCCCACCGAGGGCAGCACGCCGUCUUCGUUUGCCUCCAUGCAACCUAUUGAAAUUCAAUCAUGA